AUGCCUCUCAACAUCCACGUCGUCGACUACAAGCACGUCCAGCAAGAUCUGGAGAAUGGCAUCACAGUCCACUACAACACCAACUUCCACACCGCCGCAGAGGCACCAGGCUAUCCGAUCCCGUCCAACAAACCGUUCAGCUACGACAUCUGGCUGCCCCUGAUACUCAGGUCGCGGGGCAUUGCAGCUUCGGACCUCCAGGUUAUCGUCCUUCGCCGUCCGCAGAUCGAGCUUCUGGCCAAGGCUGCCGCCGCCUCUAUCCACACGCGUGUGCUCAACCGAUCCUACGCCGAAGACCUGCAAGAAGAAGUCUACCCUGCAUUCCAGUCGCUCAAAUUUCCGCCCGAGGGACUCUUCGUGCGCCUGGGAGCGUGCUCGCCAAAGGAUGGCGCGCCCGCAACACCUGGCGUCCUCGCGUUCCAUUCCGUGGAGGACAUUGUGCUUCGCAUGACGACUUCACUUAGGACCUGGAGCGCCCUGACCAAUGUUCUUAACAGCGAUGCGGAAGAGACUCAUGCUUAUUUCCUCCCGUUUGACUCUAGACUGCAGUCGUCACGAGAAUACCGCGUCUUUUGCUGCCCCGAGUCGCUCCGCAUCACCGCCGUCAGUCAAUACGAAUGGCACAAGCCAUGGAUCUAUGCCGAGGAGAACAGAGACAUGAUGGGAGAUCGGGCUCAGAGGAUUACCGGCUGUAUCGAGAGGGUGCAUGAAGAUAUUAUUGAGUUUAUGCAAGCGCAGGAAGAUGGCGAGCUGCAGAAGGUAAUUCGCAGCCAGGGGUUCACCUUUGACGUGUUUUAUGACGGGGAUGCGAAUCAGUGCAGCUUGAUUGAGCUCAACACGUUUGGCGUCCGGAGUGCAUGCGGCUCAUGUCUCUUUCACUGGUUGAGAGACCGCGAGUUGCUCUAUGGAGAGGGGGGUCUUACCGAUAUCGCAUUUCGUGUGACGAUGAGCCGUGAGGAAGGCGAGGACAUGUAG